GGGGCGGGUCGAGCGCCGACUUCCGGCGGAAGAGCGCGGGAGCAAGAUGGCUACUACCAAGCGCGUCCUGUACGUGGGUGGGCUGGCAGAGGAGGUGGACGACAAAGUCCUUCAUGCUGCUUUUAUUCCUUUUGGAGACAUCACAGAUAUUCAGAUUCCUCUGGACUAUGAAACAGAAAAGCACCGAGGAUUCGCUUUUGUUGAAUUUGAGUUGGCAGAGGAUGCUGCAGCAGCUAUCGACAACAUGAAUGAGUCUGAGCUCUUUGGAAGGACAAUUCGGGUCAAUUUGGCCAAACCAAUGAGAAUUAAGGAAGGCUCUUCCAGACCAGUUUGGUCAGAUGACGACUGGUUGAAGAAGUUUUCGGGGAAGACUCUUGAAGAGAAUAAAGAGGAAGAAGGGUCAGAGCCUCCCAAAGUAGAACCCCAGGAGGGAGAGCCCACUGCAAAAAAGGCCCGGUCAAAUCCUCAGGUGUACAUGGACAUCAAGAUUGGAAAUAAACCAGCUGGCCGCAUCCAGAUGCUCCUGCGUUCAGAUGUUGUACCCAUGACAGCAGAGAAUUUCCGUUGCCUGUGCACCCAUGAGAAGGGCUUUGGCUUCAAGGGAAGCAGCUUCCACCGCAUCAUUCCCCAGUUCAUGUGCCAAGGCGGCGAUUUCACAAACCACAAUGGCACCGGGGGCAAGUCCAUCUAUGGGAAGAAGUUUGAUGAUGAAAACUUCAUCCUCAAACAUACAGGACCAGGCCUGCUCUCCAUGGCCAACUCUGGCCCAAACACCAAUGGCUCCCAGUUCUUCCUGACGUGUGACAAGACAGACUGGCUGGAUGGCAAGCAUGUGGUGUUUGGGGAGGUGACCGACGGUCUGGACGUCUUGCGACAGAUUGAGGCCCAGGGCAGCAAGGAUGGGAAGCCCAAGCAGAAGGUGAUCAUCGCGGAUUGUGGCGAGUUCGCCUGAGCUGAGCUGGCGCCCUCUGCCCUCGCUCUGCACACCCAGGAAGGAGUUGCGGCCUCCGGGACCAGCACGGAAGCAGCGUUCGUGGCCAGAGCCCUUCCUUGGCGUCAGCUCCGGCAGGCACAGCAUGGACUUCUCUGGGCUCUUUCCCAUCGUGCCUGGGCCAGGAGCAGCCAGGCAGGCACCGCCCUCCCCAUCACGGAGAGGCCCGUCCCCCACCUGCCCGGGGGGACCCUGGAGGUUUUCUCCACCGAAAUAAAUCCUUGUCCUCAGACUGCUGCCUCCAGCCAGCUCCUAGGGUUGUCAGAGUUUGCGUCUGUGGCUGAGCUUUCCUCUGAGAUGGGCUGGCAAGUGGCCAGGGCAGUGUCCUCCCUGUAGAUUGUUUUUCCCCUCAUGGACCAGUCCCUUUUGAUACCAGGUAAUCCACCUGCACACCGGUAGCCCUGUCAGACCGUGUCAAGACAGCAGAGUUCAAAGGCCGUGGCAACGCUCUGUCUUCUGCAGCCUCUGCUCCUUAGCUGCUCCUGGCCUCGGAGCCGCAAGGGUACCUGCCAGUCACGCUCCAUGAUGCGUUUAUAUUGCAUACUUCUAUUUCACAAAUUUUUCUAAUAAUGUUUUACAGCUCAAAGUGCUUUUCCUCUGCUACAUACUGUACUUGUCAGGGUUAGGAAGUCAGCAAAUUACAUGGACCUGUUUUUGUGAAUAAAUUUUAUUGGAACACAGCCACAUCUAUUUGUUUACGUA